AAAGUUUUUCAACCACUUCGGAAGCACUUUCGACAAAUCGAUAUAACUUCACCUGGAAACAUGUAAUUAAAGUUUUGACGACUGUAAUUGCCGGCUGUCGAGCACAAAAAAGCACCAAACACGAAUUUUGCAGUAUUAGUUUUUUUUAAAGCACAAUCUAAUUAAAUUUCUUCUUCGCAUGUGACCGCAACGAAGAAACUACAACAAAAAAAAGUGAUUUAUGUGCAAUUCUUUUAUCAUUUCCCAACAACAAAAAUAAAAGAAAAAGGAAAAAAUCUCGGCAAAAGAGAAAAAUUUUCAUCAUUCAUCAUCAAAACGACAAUUGAGGAAAUCCUGGCAGCAAAAUGACUCUCUCGACAUCGGAAUCGGACAACAACAACGUGCGAAAUAUGGAAAAUGAGUCGAUACCAACGGCAGAGUUGCAGUUGCUGGCAAAACUCGAGGCUGCCAAUAAACUCAUCGAAAGUGACUCGAAAAGCUUGAAUUCGUUGCAGAGUUCGGCGCACAGCAGAAAAAGCUCCGACACGAGUCAAAUUAGUUUGAAUUCUGGUGCUUCCUCCGCCGGCGAAGAAGACGUUUGGUCCGCAUGGGGCUCCAUCGUUGGCGAUUGGGAAGCUGCCCAGAAGCGCAAAAACCCUUCCGUGAAGGAUUUGAUACGUCGCGGGAUCCCGCAUCACUUUCGUGCAAUAGUCUGGCAAUUGUUAUGCAACGCCGCCGACACCGACAAAAAACAAUAUGCGGAAUAUAUCAAAGCUACUUCGGCCUGCGAGAAGGUUAUUCGACGCGAUGUCGCCCGCACCUACCCCGAACACGAAUUCUUCAAAGAAAAAGAGGGACAAGAGGCCCUUUUUAACGUCAUCAAAGCGUAUUCGUUGCACGAUCGCGAAGUCGGUUAUUGCCAAGGUUCCGGUUUUAUCGUCGGACUGUUGCUGAUGCAGAUGCCGGAAGAGGAUGCGUUCGCUGUGACGGUGCAAAUUAUGCAGGAACACAAGAUGCGUGACAUGUUCAAGCCUUCGAUGAUCUAUUUGGGACUUUGCAUGUAUCAAUUGGAGAAUUUGGUGCAGGAGCAGAUGCCGGAUUUGCAUGUUCAUUUUCAAUCUCAAGGUUUCCAAACGACAAUGUACGCAUCAAGUUGGUUCCUCACGUUGUACACAACUGCCCUAAAUCUGAGCAUAAGUUGUCGUAUUAUGGAUAUUUUCCUCAGCGAAGGCAUCGAAUUCAUCUUUAAAAUGGCUCUGGGACUUUUAACCAUUGGAAAAGAGACGCUUCUCUCCUUGGACAUGGAAGCGAUGCUGAAAUUCUUCCAAAAAGAGCUUCCGUUGAAGGUUGAAGCUGACGUUGAUGGUCUCUUCAAUCUCGCGUUCCAGCAGAAAAUUAAUCAGAAGAAAAUGAAAAAGAUGGAAAAGGAAUAUGCGGACUUACGGAAGAAAGAACAAGAAGAAAUGGUCGAGCUGAGACGAUUAAGGAGCGAAAAUCGACUUUUGAAGAAGCGAAAUGAGCUGUUGGAGGGCGAGAGUGCCGAACUUGCAGCACGGCUGGUCCGUGGUCAAGUAUCCCGUGCCGAGGAAGAAGAAACAAGUUAUGCCAUUUCAUCCGAAUUACAUCUCCUGAAACGUUCGCAUUUGGAGAUUUCGCACCAAUUGGAGGUCGCUAACGAAGAAAUUCGUGCUCUAAGUUUGCGACUACAGGAAAAUCAACAACCGGAAAGUAGAGAUAAUUCUCUCGAAUCUAACAAUUCACGUCAAAACUCCAUCGACGAAUUAUGCAUGAAGGAGGAGGCGUUGAAGCAACGCGACGAAAUGGUGUCAUGCCUGCUGGAGGAACUAGUCAAAGUGCGUCAGAGUCUCGCCGAGAGCGAAGAUACCGUACGCAGUCUCCGUUCGAAGAUGCAAGAGCUCGAGGAGGACAAAAAACGUUUGCGCGAAACGACAACCGACAAUUCCGUGGCGCAUUUGCAAGACGAGCUCAUUGCCAGCAAGUUGCGUGAAGCGGAAGCAAGUUUAUCGUUGAAAGAUUUAAAACAACGCGUGCAGGAGCUAAGUACGCAGUGGCAACGUCAAUUACACGAACACAAGAACGAAAACGCGCCGGCGCCCGAUUCGACGCCCAAAAAGUUGGGAAUCCCGUUUUGGGGCGAUGCGGGCAAAUCGCAAGAACAUGCCGCGAAAUUGGAAGAGGAACUCAUGACAACGCGAAUUCGUGAGAUGGAAACGCUCACGGAACUGAAGGAGCUGCGACUUAAGGUGAUGGAGUUGGAGACACAGGUGCAAGUUUCGACGAAUCAGUUGCGUCGGCAGGACGAGGAACACAAACGCGUCAAGGAGGAACUCGAGGAAGCCAUUCAGCGGGAACGUGACUUGGCGAAUAAGGCACGCGAGCAGCAGCAUAGGUACUCUGACUUGGAGUCCCGCAUGAAAGACGAACUCAUGAAUGCCAAAAUUAAGUUUACCGAACAGAGUCAGCACGUAGCAGAGCUAAAACAGGAGAUUUCGAGGCUAGAAACGAAGAACUCCGAAAUCCUCGCUGAAGGCGAACUCCGGUCAAAUAAUCUCGACGAAUCGGAUCGCGUACGCGAUUUACAAGACAAAGUUGCCGAUCUGCGAGCUGAGUUGGCAGCAAUAAAAUCUCGCGGUACGACGAUAAAUCUGAAGAAAAUGAAGAGCAACUCCAUCAACAGCAUCGACUCGAACGAAAUUGACUUUAGUGAGAUCCAGUUAUCGACUUCGACAACGACUCCCGUGCGCAAAGAUAGUGUCGCGCCCCUGCCAACGACUGCUGCUUCAUGAUUCUUUGGAAUUACUGAUACUCCUAAAUUGAUUGUAAAAGUAUAAAAAAUAACGUUUGUAGCAUUAAAAUGUAGAAAAUCGUAGAAAUUUAAGACGUUCAAAGGAAAAAAUUACUUCUAUUGUUUGAAUAUCGUGACAAUUUUAUAUUUAAAAAAAAAAAUAAGAAAAUGCAAUCUAAACACAGGUAGAAAAUUUUUGAAUUUAAAAAAAAAAACAAAAUAUUUUUUAUUGGAAAGUCAAAUUUUUGACUCCAUAAGUUGCCAAAUUUUAACUUUUUAUUUAAAAAAAAAUUCAAAAAAUUACGAAUUUUGUUUUAAAAAAAUAUUAAAAAUUAUUCAAGUACUUAUAAAAUUAAAAAAAAAAUAUUUAUAAAAAUUAAAUAUAUGAUAGACCAAAAUUCUAGACCACACACAGAUACACACCACAUAUCUAGAUAAGAAAAAAAAUUUGAUGGGAACGUCCUCAGGUUAAAUUGACGCUUCCUUUGGUGUUUUUUUUGCGUUAAACAUUCCAUUUCUAAUCAUCUAUCCUGUAUUAUUUUUUUUCUAUUUUUAAUUUUUUUUUAUAUUUUUAAGAUUUUACGUACUUUUUGUAUUAUAAAGAAAAAAAUCCUAGUCUUUGUA